GUUAAAUCCCUAUAAAAGGUCCUGGUCCUACUGACCUGGUACCCCACACACCACUUGGAAACCACUCACUUCAUCCUGCCUGGGAAUUAGCAUGACUUCACAGAUGCCCCAGUUACUGCAAAACAUUAAUGGGAUCAUCGAGGCCUUUGGGCGCUAUGCCAGGACAGAGGGCAACUGCACAGUGCUCACCCGAGGGGAGCUGAAAAGACUCUUGGAGCAGGAGUUUGCCGAUGUGAUCGUGAAGCCCCAGGACCCAGCCACUGUGGACAAAGUCCUGCGCCUGCUGGAUGAAGACAACACGGGCACGGUGGAAUUCAAGGAAUUCCUGGUCUUGGUGUUUAAAGUUGCCCAGGCCUGUUUCCAGACCCUGAGUGAAAGGCCUGAGGAAGCAUGUGGCCCCCAGGCAUCUGGAAGCCUCCAUCCCGGGGCCUCAGCAGAGCUGGGGGAAAGACAGAGAAGUGGCCCUGAUGAAGGAAGGUCCAGGAAGGAGCAGCAUCAUGAGGGAAACAGCCACAGGCAGAGGGAACAGGUGUCUACAGGGCAGGGCAGGACUGGCCCUCAGACCCAGGGGCAGGACAUUGGCCCUGCUUGGGUCAGUAGCCAAGUCAGACAAGCUUACCAGACACAGGAGAGGACAAGCCAGCAGGCACAAGUGCAUGGGCAUGGGGAGCAGACCCAGACAGCACCAGAAGGCCAGAGUCAGACCAGAGAGAGAUCAGACAGACAGUCACAGACCAGGGAGCAGGACAGAACACGUCACAUAGGUGACACUGAGACUACAGUGGGAACUCAGACCCAGGCAAGUGCCAGCCAGACAGUGGAACAGGACAGGAGCCAUCAGACAGGAAGCACCAGCCCCCAGACACAGGAGUCCAACCAUGGCCAGAACAGAAGGACUGAGACCCAAGGUCAAGACAGGAGCCAGACCAGCCAGGCAGUGACAGGGGGACAAGUCCAGACACAGGUGGGGUCACACACCCAGACCGUGGAGCAAGACAGGAGCCAUCAGACAGGAAGCACCAGCCCCCAGACACAGGAGUCCACCCAUGGACAGAACAGAAGGACUGAGACCCAAGGUCAAGACAGGAGCCAGACCAGCCAGGCAGUGACAGGGGGACAAGUCCAGACACAGGCAGGGUCACACACCCAGACCGUGGAGCAGGACAGACAACAGACCAUAAACUAUGAAAGGGCUGGAGAACAAGGACAGACCCAAAUGCAGUCAGGCAGUGGAGAAAUAUGGACAGACGUGAGCAACUCUGAGGCAGGAGAGACAGUGCUGAGAGGACAGGCCCAGACUGGGGCGAACAGUGGGCCAGGAAGCCAGGACUGGAGCAGCACUCAGCCAAAGUGCAGUGUGACAGAAGGACAGGGAAAGAGAGAGCCCACAAGGGUUAUCCAGGAGUGGGUUGAUGACCAGACAAGGGAGACAGUGCUCCAGAGCCAGGCCCAGGGCAGCUUGCACACCAGCGUUGCCUCAGAACAGAGCCAGGGUGCAGCCCAGCUGGAAGGGAAGCAAGGUGGCACAGCCAAAAAGCUGUAUUCCUACUUCGAAAGCAGCAAGCCAUGACCCCCUGCCCCUGACACCCAUGCCCAGUAUCAAAAGAAGACAGCUGGAGAGAGAAUGGCUUGUCCUGCGCUGGCCAGUCCAGCUGGUACGUCCCCGGACAUCUUCUAGUCAUGAUGCUUCCCUUACAGGUCUUUCUCGGUGAGAUCACUUUUGUAAAGUACUUUUAUCCUAAACUCCUCUUUUACAUGCUUUGCUUCACAAACCCUCUCAGAAGCAGGAACACAUAAAGCAAGUCAUCCUUUGUGCUAAAUUCUCCUCAGCCUGUUGGAGUUUCAGGACUUCUUUUAUCUCUGCCAAGUCUCUUACUCUAUCUACCCUAGUAAAACCUUCUCAAGCAACU